CUCCCCUCCUCCUCCUCCUCCUAGUCCGACUUUGUUGCUCUCCUGCCCCGCUAGCCCGUCUCCAGUCUCUCCGGGGAGCCGAAGAACAACUCGAAAAACUCCCAACCAUGGAAGAAGACAAUAUAAUAAUGCCUGUUUGACUCGGGGGGGACAUUUUCCAAGAUGCCAGGCCCUUUGUCCAGUCCUGUGUGUUUGACAGUCAUCUGGUUUUUAUCUUGGUCGCUGCGUCCCAGUCGUGCUCAGAUUCGGACCGAUGAAGUGUCAGGCGUGCAGUAUGGGCGCUUGGGGUCGAAUGUGACACUGGCAUGCGGGAAGUCACAAACCGGGAUACCUGUGGCGUGGCAUCUCAACCACAGCUCAGCGUUGCCAUGGCACAAAGUGACAUCAGAUGGGAGCUUAGUCCUGCUGCACGUCGACCACUCAGCACAGGGCAACUACAGCUGCUAUGACAACCGGGGGCUCCUCCUCCACUCCGUCAAGCUCAGCCUGGGCUAUCCCCCUGGGCUGCUGAGCAUUUCCUGUCAAGUGCCCAAUCACACACAUGUUCGCUGCUCCUGGGUGGAAUCGGUAAAGACAUUCCUGCCAGCCAAGUACAAUGCCUCCUUCAGGGGGAAUGGCCAGGACUGGAGGCCAUGCGUCCUAAACGUCGCCCACAGGCACUGUGACAUAUAUCACCCUGCUUUCUGGCAGCCCAUCCAUACCCUGAGAAUCAUCGAGACCAAUGGCCUGGGGUCCGAGGCAACAUAUGUCCAGUUUAGGUUACAUGUACUAUUGAAGCCAGACCCUCCACAGUCAGUGUUGGUGAAGGAGCUAGAAGGCUAUUCAAAGAGGCUGAUCGUCUCAUGGAACAUUCCCUCCUCCUGGCCGGUGCAUGAUGCUUUCCCCCUUGUGUUUCAUAUAAGAUACAGGCCACUGGGCUCUAUGUACUGGUCAGAGAUUUUCUCUCAGGAGAGUCCAGUCGUGAUAUUUGACGCACUGGCUGGCCACCUCCACCAGGUUCAGGUUCGAGCCCGAGACGAGUUGAACUCUGACAGCCAGUGGAGUGAAUGGAGUCCCGUGCUUCUCGUCCAGCCCUGGGAAGUGUACACCACCCCACAACCUGAAGAGGAUCCAGAGGACUUUUUUGUUCCAUUCAACACAAAACCUGAGACCUCCACGGCAAAGUCACACAAUCCUGUACUUGAUGAUGAAGGUAAUUUGGGUUUGGUGAUCCUGCUGGUUUUGUUCUCCGUGGUCAUCCUCACCACCGUCCUUUCCCUCAUCUUUGUCGUGUGGGUAAGGCAGAGGCGGCGUGAUCAUGUGACCAAACAGGAACUCAACUCUAUGGUCAAGAUGAAGUCCAUGCCAAUCUAAUGUUGAUUUCAAGCAUUGUCUCCUCAUCAGCCCGUUCUAGGGCUCCUCCCAAGAGUCAGCCCCUGCCUUUACCACUGUAGAAUGCUGGCCGUCCGUAUUUAACUACACUAACCAGAAUGCAUCCAGAAACCAGGACAACAGGGACUAUACAAGGAACUUUGUGGAGUAGGAUAAAGUUACCUAGUGUAUAAAAGCUGACUGAAGGGUACGUUUUGCAAGAUGUCCCUGGACAUAUUCAGUGGUCACAUCUAACUGCACUACCCAUAAUGCAGCAGCAGACUCCGCCUACUGUCGUCUGGGACAGGGAAAACAGACCCUACUCUGUUACUUUACGUUCACUUCAGCAACUUCACUGCAGUUCACUCCCUGAAGGAGCGACACUGCGUCUGGACAUUUCAACCAAUGCUGCUUCAGGUGGGCUGACUCCUCAGCCUGUAUGGAGAGGAAUGACCUUGUUUAUUUUGAACUUUUGAGUAACAAGUAAGGAAGUGCAGCUGCCAAUCAGGAGAACAUAGGCUUUUCUGGGACAACUUGCCUCUCUUCUCCCACCCAGAACUCCUCAUGUUGUUUUAUUUGAAUUUUUUUUUUAGAUUCAUUGUGAGAAGUCUGUUAUUACAUCGACUGACCGACCGACUCAAUGCUGUGAAGGAAGCAUAACUUUUGCCAGUCUCUCUGUGUGCGUCUGAUGCCAAAGCAGCAACUACGGGCAUUAUGGUCUCAGCUGAGGGGCAACCGGUUACUGGCUCUUGAAAUGAGGGAUGGGCAUGGAGAAUAAGGUCCAGGGUGGGUGGGUUGGGUUAGACUUUAUUUCCUUUAUGCCAUGUGAUUCUGUGUCGCAUGAUAUACUUGUUUUGUUGUACAUGUGUUUAUUUUGCUAUACCUCUUUCUAUCCAUCCACUGUUCCUGAAUGUGUGUGAAGGAAAAGCACACAUGCGGAGAAAGAGAGAGAUAAGUAAAGAGAUUCUGGCCUUUCACAAACCACCAGCAUUAAGACAUUACAUAGAUACUUAACUCACUAGAGAAUAUUAAAUAUUAGUAUUAAUUAAUAUUAUUCAGCUGUCCUGUCUAGACUCCAUAGAACCCCCAAUAACUUCCUUUUCAGGUCACUUUUGAUGGUUAUACGAUAUCCUUACUUUAGGUUAAACCUUGAUUGUUAUCUGAGGGAUGACAAUUACAUUUCCUUUUUAAAAUCCACACAGACAACCUUUAGAAAGGAACUUAACACUGGGCUGAAAAGCAGGGUUCUGCUGCCCUCUCUGGUUGAAAGUGCUGGGUGUGGUUGGGUGUAGUCAGAAGUAUGCUUUGUUGCACCGGUAACCACACCCAACAGUGAUGUCACAGGGUCCUGGAGUACACCGUUCCAUCAAUGGAACAAGGUGAGAAGUUGAACCAUUGGAGGUCAGCAAGAGUGAGACUUUCAAGGGGUGUUAAGUUACUCCAAAAUCAGGAUGGCACAGAUAGUUGAAUAAUGUUUUAGGAUCUCUCUUAGCAUUUACAGUAUAGUGUUUGUUUUGCAUUUAAAAUGCAUGUUUAAUAGGAAAGUGUCCACUAUAGGACUGGAACUAACAACUAUAGCCAUUAUCAAUUAAUCUGUGGAUUAUUUUAUUCUAUAUCCGAAGACAGAGAAAAAUUCCAGGUCAAAAUUGAAGGUUUAGGUGACUUCCUCAAAUUACUAAGGCCAAGGAUAUUUAAUUUACAAUGAUAUAAAACUGAGCAGCAAAUCCUCACAUUUGACAAGCUGUAACUGACAAAUAUUUGGCACUUGCUUGAUAAAAGAUGAAACAAUCAUUUAACUUGAAGACUUGCAUGUAAAUUGAUAGUUUGGGGUUGGCCAGUGAAUCUCUGGAACAACAAGGCAAUAGGAGGCAUAUUUAACUAGACCCAGAAGUUUAUUAAUGUUUGCCAAUGUUAGUCAAAUGUUCAGGCUAUAAUGUGUUAAAUUAGAAAUCAGUUGCACAAAAAAGUAAUGUUACUGAUGAAAUGGGAAAAGAGGUUCUAGAUUUAAAGGUAGAAAUGCAUGAUAACAAGAUGGUUUAUUUAUAUUGGGGGGUAAGGUUAGCUAACUAAAAUAAAAAGAUAUAAGCACUUUGCUGUCAAUGCAAGUAAUAUGACGAAUAAUCAUCCUAAAAGUCCUUUGGGAAACUAGUCUCAGACAUUGUGGGUGUCUCGUAGAAAGCGCUACUGUGUGUCAGAUGGGAGUGAAAGUGGAUGCAGAAAGUGCUGCAGGGUCACUAAUGCAGCACACAAUAACUUUGACAUGGGGUUCUUUUCACAUGGUGAGUGGGCUCACUGCUACCGUCACCACUUCCUCAGAAAACAGGGACAGAAAUGAAAUGUUUUGUAGGCAGUUACUAUGGCAACAUUCAGUAGCAUCACUUCUUGUACACCACAUUACAUAACAGAGAAACAGUAUGCCCCAGUAAGCUUACACUACAGUCAGUUAGAAUGAAUGUUGAGUAGUUUUGGUGUGGUGGCGAUAUUUAAUGUUUUGUGAGGGAAACGGUCAAGUUCAGGAGGACACUGGGUGAUUGACACAAAUCGGUAGCUAUGGACGGCGGCAGCAGAGUGUUGGUGUAGCUGAGCAUCGACUGUCUCCAUGAUCAGCAGGCUGUUGGUUUACUGUGACAGCGAGUUUAUGUAGCCGAAUCGGAGCAUGUUGUCGGUUGGUGGGUGCGUACAUGAGAGUAGCACAAACUCAGCGGAUCAACAAGAGUGACUCUCGCUCACUGUCUCGUGUCUCAUGUCCCACCGACUCAUUGAAAAUGAAUGAUUUCUGGGCGGCCAGUGCUAACCGUAUGAAAAGCCCCAAAUACCUCUAGUUCAGUAUAUCUGCUUUAGUUUUGCUUUUUACAGCUGCACCUACAAACGUUGUGUCCUGGCUAAUUUUCUGCAACAGAUGGAAGUGAGAGGCUCUACUGUUUGAGUGGGCCGCUCGCAUUAAAUAUAUAUAUAUAUUUCUUUCUUUCUUUCUUUCUUUCUUUCUUUCUUUCUUUCUUUCUGUUGGUCUGGUGGUUAUAUUCUGUUGAUCCAAAGCUGUGUAGUUAUCAACCGAUUGAUUGAUUGAUUGAUUGAUUGAUUGAUUGAUUGAUUGACUGUGUAGUUGGUAUUAGAAACACAAGGUGCAUCCACGUCAAGCUUUUUCAGCUUUGACAACUGUAUGUUCUCUCAAGCUAGCUCCACAUAUUAUGCAUGAAUCCAGUUGAAGCUUUUUUGUAUAUUAUUGUAUAUCACACAAAAAAAUACAUUUCAUGUAUGUCAUUAUAAGUGAUGUUUAUAUGUAGAGAAUUUUUUUUUUUUCUUUGGGAUAGUUUCGCAGACAUGGUUUAACUCUUGUGUUAAUUUGUAAUAACUAGACAAAUUAGCAGUUUUACAGUUCAUUUGAUUCAAUUGGACAAUCAGAUGUUUCUUACAAGGAAUCUAGGAGCAAAUGGUAAUAGAUAUUCAGUCACUAGUCAGAUUAUAUUGUUAUUUGAGGUUUGUGUAGAAUCAGUUAUUCCAGAUAGAAUUUGUAAAAUCCCAAAAGUGAGUGAAGGGAGAUUCCCACAGAAAAGUGUUAGUGAUCGAGGAUAAUCCAUGUCUGGAGAACCUUCCCAGCAUUUGUGUAUUUGUCUUUCUACCCAGUUAUAUGAAGCUGUGUUACUGUACGAUUACUGUAUGGACAAUGUGUUUACUGAAUUCAUCUUCAUCCUACUUGCUUAACUUUCAUCAUCACUUCAUUUCUUUGCAGUCAGAUAACUUUUUUUUUUUUUCAACUCUUCCUGUGACAACAUUCACAAAGAGAGUGAAACUGUUUCAUUUUCAAAUAUUUGACAGAGAACUGAUAUUUUACUUUCUGUUUGAAUUGCAGAGGAAUGUGUGUAGCUAGAUAUCAGAUGGGUGUGAGCUAGAAAAAGGAUAUCAGAACUUUUAGAGCUUGUGUAAACUAAAUGGUCUGUUAACAAAACCUAAACAGUCGAAAUUACACCCGUUAUUCAUUCUUUUUAACUGGAUUUUAAAGUUGUUGCCUAGCAAUGGAUGGGCCAGUAAUGAAUGAAUGUAAGUAUGUGGUUUUUUUAAUCAUAAUAUUACCUCCAAAUAUUAAGUCACAGAUAAUUUCUUUCAAUGCUCGUCCGUUCUUUCAAAAACCUGUACGUUUUCGUUACGUGACUUUAAACAAGAUAAAGAGCCGGCUACCUGCUCACUCACCGUAAAUACUACACAAAUAAUGGUAGUCAUUUACAAAGAAAGUACUUUAACUGACACGUGGAGAGACAUUUUGUCAUAAAGGCUGGGUUUCACAGGCAACAAAGUUCAUAUUUUUCUGGUCCAAACAGCAAAAUAAAAAUUCAUUUUUGUGAUUUAUUUUUCAAAGACAUUGCUAGUUCACGUUUUCUAAACCAUGAGACUGAGUUAAUGUGGGUCUUGUGCAGUAUCAGUGACUGUUUUCCAUCCUGUGUUUGAGGUUCAAAGUGAUCUGUUGUUUUUCUGUGUAGUGUGGAACUAUCAAUUGCCACCGUUCUCUUUCACUCUGUGGUGUUUCCUGUUUUUGUGGACACGCUUGUGGUAUUCUCAGUCUUUCUAUGUUCCUCUGCAGUAUGUGAUGGCAGAUGGAGCCUGUUGUUUUAAGUUCUUAUAACUCCAAUUACACUCAGGCAUCCAUUCUCAGAUGUAUAUAGUCCUUUUUUUUAAUUUUGCUUAAUGUGUACGACAGAUAUCACCAUAAGCUGUUUUUGUUUCUUCCUGUCCUUGUAUGUCUGUGAAAUAAAUACUAUUUUAUCACA